AUGUCAUCCAACGGCUUCUUCCCCUAUAAACCCUUUAUUCCUGGCCUCGCGACAUUUAGUGAAGAUCUGAAGGACAUUCGGCCAUUUGCCCCCUUUGACAGAGUCAUAUUCAUGGUGGUCGAUUCCUUAAGGAGGUUGAUUGAAUCUGGAGCUGCAUUGCCCUUCACGGCCCAUGCAGGCGCACCUACGGUCACAAUGCCGCGGGUGAAGGCUAUCACGACAGGCUCGGUGCCUUCAUUUUUAGAUGUGAUUCUUAACCUUGCAGAAACAGAUACGUCAUCAACUCUCGUCAAUCAGGAUACGUGGCUUGCCCAGCUGAGAGCUCGACCAGGCGGUCGUUUAGUCAUGUAUGGGGAUGAUACAUGGCUCAAAUUGUUCCCUGGUUUUUUUGAUAGGCAUGAUGGCACAACAAGCUUCUUUGUAUCGGAUUUUGUUGAAGUGGAUAAUAAUGUCACUCGUCAUGUUCCCAAGGAGCUUAUGAUGGAUGACUGGUCUUCAAUGAUUUUGCAUUACCUUGGCUUGGACCACAUUGGUCAUAAAUCGGGGCCGAACAGCGCCUAUAUGCUCCCCAAGCAGAAGGAAAUGGACUCAGUUGUUAGGGAUAUAUAUAACGGUAUGGAGAGCCAGGAGCACCUCUCAUCCACUCUCCUCGUAUUGUGCGGUGACCAUGGUAUGAAUGAGGCUGGGAAUCAUGGCGGCGCAUCUCCAGGGGAGACUUCGCCAGCUCUCGUAUUCAUAUCCCCACAAAUCCGACAAAUACAGAAUCAAGGAUCCUCCCUCGAGCCAUCUUCAGGGGACUUCAAGUACUAUCAAUCAGUUGAACAGUCCGAUAUUGCUCCUACCCUAGCCGGAUUGCUCGGAUUUCCUAUACCCCUCAACAGUCUGGGUGUUUUCAUACCACAAUUUCUACCCAUGUGGAAAAACGGUUUCGAGAGACUCGGUAUUCUUAUGGAAAAUGCUAGGCAAAUUCGUAAUGUCGUUCGGACGACAUUCCCCGCUUAUGAAUUCAGCGAUUCCCUCAAGCCAGAUGUAUGCAAACCUACACCGAAUAUAGAACUCGCUUCACUUGAAUGCAAUUGGCAAAAUGCAUGGAAGUUGGCUAGUGCAGCCCGAGAUCACAAUGAUCAUUUCAAGGAAGCCGAAAAUGCUCUGCUUACUUUUUGCAGAUCUGCUCAAGACGUGAUGAGUAGCGCAGCAAGUAACUACAACAUGGAGAGGCUCUGCAUUGGGAUUUCCCUUGCUGCCUCGGCAGCUGUACUGUCCAGUGUUGUGUCCCUUGACGACAUGUCGGGAGCUAAAGUAUUUGCCCUCUUUAUUGCCAUAGCCUAUGGUAGCAUGAUCUUCGGAAGCAGCUAUGUGGAAGAGGAGCAGCAAUUCUGGUACUGGAUCCUCAGUGGCUGGACAUUCUAUCUCUACGCGAGGCGUAGUAUUCAUAAUGGGAUGAAAGGAAGUGGUGGAGAUGGUGGAAAGUGUUCAUCCAUGGCAGUGCAUAUAUGGGGAUGUAUGGUCUUUGCUGUUUCGUCGAGAAUUAUGCGACGGUGGAAUCAAACAGGUCAGAAAUUUGCGGCAGAAUCUGAUAUAACGAAGACCUUCUUCCCAAGCUACACGAAUGUUCUUUGGAUAUUGGUUCUCCUAACAUACACGGAUAUCUGCCAAGGAAUGGUGCGACGGACAUCUUCAGCCGGAGCCGCGUCAUUCUCGCGGCUUUUCUUCCCUAUAUUAACCAGCUUCGCACUGCUGUUUAAGCUCAGCUUUACUGCAGCCAAUUCCCCAGAACUACUUCAAAAUGUCUUAAUAUCCAGCCACCUAGUAGGAAGCAUCACUGGUGUUUCCCUUAUUACCCAGGCCAGACUCGUAUUCACUGGUAUCGCCAUCGCUUUGGUUUAUGUGAUAUAUACUCACUUCCAAAAAAAACGAACCCUGAAAGCAUUCCUCAAAAUCGGGGGCAAGGAUGGUCCACACUUGCCAAAACACCUGAAUGGCACUCUUACCAGUGUGCGGUUCCCAACAGACCUCCGCGACAUUGUCAGCCUUAUCCUCGUCACCCAAUCAAGACCAACUAAUAUCCCACUCUACCUCAUAUUUCGCCUUCAACAUUGGGCCCUCUCCUCCAUGGAGCUAUCUGGCAACGGGGUAACCAUCACGUCGCUGAUACUGCAAUACGCAGCAUUUUUCGCCAUGGGUGGCUCCAACUCAAUCGCCACCGUCGACCUCUCAAACGCUUACAACGGCAUCAGUGACUAUAACGUUGUCGUCGUCGGCAUCCUGACGUUUAUAGGCAACUGGGCAGGCCCUAUUUGGUGGGUUUUCUCGACGAAAUUGCUGUUUAUUAACGACAACAGGCGGACUUCGGUUAUCAAUCGUCGCCAUCGUAGCAGUCAUGUGGCAUUGCUGACCUUCUUCGUCACGACAAGCCUGCUGGCGGUGAUGGUGGCCUGCACCGUCCUGCGGACUCAUCUUUUCAUAUGGACAGUUUUUUCCCCUAAGUUUUUGUAUAGCAUGGCUUGGAGUUUAGUACAGCAUUUGGCUAUCAACCUCCUCCUUGGAGAGGUCAUAUUAAAGUCAAUUUGUUAG